GGGAUGUUUUGUUCUCCAAUAGGAUUCCGUGUAAUGUCCCGACAAUUUUCCAAGGGUAAAAUGCGAAUCUCUUCUGGCAUGCUGUGACAGUGUAUCACCAACUUUGUCAUUAACUUGUCGGCAGAAUUUACCUUCGUUUUUAGUUGCAACACAUUUCUUCUCUCAGUGCUGAAACAGACUGGAAGACAGCAUGACAAGACUGCUAAAAGCCGUAGUUUCUGCAAAACAGCUCUCUCAGGUCAUCAGAUCACAGCGCCCUGGAAUGGGUUUGCAGGUGCUGGACGUAAUACCCUAUCCUUCCAAGGGAGACCCCCGCAAGGAUUUUGAAAAACAGCACCUACCCGGAGCCUUGCUUUUUGAUGUGGACGAGUGCCGUGAUAAGAGUUCACAGUUUCCAAAAAUGUUGCCAAGUGCAGAAGAGUUUUCCCAAUAUGUUGGAAACUUGGGUAUUUCCAGUCAGACCCAUGUUGUUGUCUAUGACAGGAGUGAAUUGGGAAGCUUUUCUGCCCCUAGGGUCUGGUGGAUGUUCAGAGUCUUUGGCCAUAGCUCUGUGUCUGUGUUAAGUGGUGGUUUUAAGAAGUGGCUGAAUGAAGGGCAUCCAGUGAGCUCCGAAAUUAUAAAACCCACUCCAAAAGAAUUCCAGGCUAUAUUAAACAGAUCCUGGGUGGCAAAGUUCGAAGACAUGAUGAAAAACAUUGAGUCAAAACAGUAUCAAGUAGUGGAUGUAAGAGCAGCGAGUCAUUUUCAUGGACCAGAGCAGCAACCCAGUAAAGAUGAGAAGAAGGGACUGAUAAUCCCUGCCAUAGAUGUCAUGUUAGGCCAUAUUCCUGGAACAAAGAACUUACCCUACUAUAAGUUCCUAAAUGAGGAUGGAACCAUGAAGACAGAAGUGCAGCUGGAUGACCUACUGAAGGAGAAUGGAGUGGAUCUUAACAAACCACUGAUUGCAUCUUGUUGGGCUGGGGUCACAGCAUGUCACCUUAGUCUUGCUGCCUGUCUACUAGAUAAAGAGCGCGUCAAGGUAUAUGAUGGUUCAUGGUCUGAAUGGUCUGUGCGGGCCAACACUGAGCAUAUCAUCCCUAAAGGGACAGAGAAAACUAUGUAAAGAUGUUUUUUGGAGACUAAAAAUGUAGAAAUUAGUCAAUAACAGUUCUCACACAGUGAUUUUUCACCAUCAAAUAAAAUCACAUUUAUUAAGUAACACUACAUAAACAAAAAUGCCACAAUUGUACUCAAUCAGUUUUAAUAUGUAUGCAGUUCAUAGCUUUAUUUCACUAAUUUUAAUCUUAGUAUUUAGUAGAAGAUCAUUUCUGAAGACCCAUUGCAUUUUGUAGAACCUAGACUACCUAUGUUUUUAGAACUGUCUUACAAAGUAGAACAAUUUUAAGCUGUUUAUCUCACCCCCUUGCUAAUUAUUUACUAAAUAAUAAUGCAAUUUUACUGAUUUGACAUUGAGUGAUCAUUGAAAAUAAUACAAUUGUAAAGAUUGACUGGAUUUUUUCUUACAGACUUCUACGUAAAUAAAUACCACACAAUAAACUGCCAAA